UUCUACGCCGUCCGGCCAAUCACGUUUCAUAACCACAGCCGAGCCCCCGCUGACCUUGGACGUUAUUGGCCGGACGGCAAAGAAUCUUUGCCGUCCGGGAGACAUCGAACGCCGCCUUAUUCCAGUUUAGUGCAGUUUUACACCUGCGAGAGUGAAAGAUUUUGUCAGAAAUCAAGAUUGAGCUACUACUUACAAUACGGAUUGCUAGCCUCUGAUCACCAAGUUGACAGAGUGGACACUAUAAAAGGCAGAUGACAUGUCUCACUGGAAGGACAUGGCCAUGGAAGCAGGCUCCAGCUAUGUGGAGGGAGUGGGUGACGAAGUGCUGCUGACAGCCACAUUUAUUGUCAUCGCGGUCUCCAUUCUCGUCCUGGUCUUCAGACCUAACCUGGACUUGACUGCCCUGUUUGGGCGCCAAGCUGAUGCUCCAGCUGCGCAGAAUAAUUUCACACCACAGGCGCAGACAAAUGGUGCAACGGAGCAAGAAGGUGCACCAGCGGAGGGCGGCGCGGCGCCGACGGUGGCCGCCGUGCCGGCGCCGCGGCGCGCGCGCAGCGGCAGCGUCGACUCGGCGUGCCCCAUCUGUCUGGCGGAGACGAUCCGGCACGGGAUCGAGACCAACUGCGGCCACCUGUUCUGCGCCCAGUGCCUGUUCACCUACCGCGACCACGGCAGCUUCGUCGGGCCGAUGAAGUGCGCCCUCUGCAGACAACCGGUGACUCUACUGUUUCCGAGUUUCACUGAGGACGAGCUGAACGCGGCUGAGCCGGACGACAUCGAAGCGCGUGAGCGGGCGCGUUCCGAGAGCAGCCGGUACAACCGGCGCUUCUCCGGCGAGCCGCGCGAGCUGAUGGAGUACCUGAGGGACCUGCCGACGCUGCUGCGUCACCUGUGGACCGAGUUCUUCAGCGAGGGCGGCCUGUUCCUCAUGUUCCGGGUGCGCGUAGUGGUCUGCUUUCUGGCGGCGCUGUUGUACGUCGCCUCGCCUCUCGACAUCCUGCCCGAGGCCGUGUUCGGUCUGCUUGGUCUCUUCGAUGACAUCUUCAUCAUGGUGCUCAUCAUCAUCUACGUCAGCGUCAUCUACCGGCGCUACGUGGCGGCGCGACUCUGACGGCCGGCGUGGCGAGAUAAUCCGAGCUCACUGCUCAGCCGCCGCUCAAUGUGCAAUGGACGUCCGCACCGCCUGCUCCGUCUUCAGCGCACCGAAUGCCUGAGUGGGAGUGUUUAACUGGUCGACUCCGGAGAACCUGCGACCAGUCACCGCCUUCCUCGCUGCUGGCCGUUCAAUGUUUUGGCGUCUGCGUGGCUAGCAGAGCUGUAUUGUUUUGCCCCCUAACGGGACUGUCGACUGCGUGGUGAGACUGUGUAUUCGGUAGGGCGGCUCUGUGUCAGAUCUGGUGAUACGAAUAGCGGUUCGGCCCCGGCGAGUGUCCUGUUCUCGGCAUCCUGGCCAGUUGUUGGGUCGGGUGCGGCGAUUACCGACAUAUCGAGUUACGAAGAACUGAAUAGAAUUUUAUAUCCUUACAGGA